UUAGUCUUCCAGAGAGUCUUAAGCUUAUCAGGACGAUGUGUUAGGUAACAAAGUGCGUAGGAGUGAACUAUUAUGGGAUGCAGCUUAUUAUUGAAAAUACUGAUGUAUAGAACAAGAGAAAUGGAGCGGUAGGAAAAUUCAUAAGUGUACAGAGUAGACUGUGAAAGAUGUCGGAGGAAUAAAUGGAGCCCAUGUGCAGUAAAUAUGGAAGAAGAGGAUGGAACAGAACCAGAAUGCUGCCUUUACAUAGUAAAGGAUGGACCAACCAGGAUCCUAGCGAUGCAGCACAACAAGAAGCAAAACACAGGGAAGCAGAAAUGAGAAACAGUAUCUUGGCCCAAGUUCUGGAUCAGUCAGCCCGGGCCAGGUUAAGUAAUUUAGCUCUUGUAAAGCCUGAAAAAACUAAAGCAGUAGAAAAUUAUCUUAUACAGUUGGCAAGAUAUGGACAACUCAACGGGAAGGUAUCAGAACAAGGCUUAAUAGAAAUCCUUGAAAAAGUAAGCCAACAAACAGAAAAGAAAACAACAGUUAAAUUCAACAGAAGAAAAGUAAUGGACUCUGAUGAAGAUGAUGAUUAUUGAGCUAAAAUGUUUAUAGAGACUGGACCUUAAUAAAACAAUUCUAGUACAGAAGUUAAGAUCUGAUUAAUUGUUUACUUUGUUUAUUGUCUAUAUGCCUUUAAAAAAUAAACUUGUUAUUCAAA